AUGGCAUCGAAUUCCCGAUGUUGUCUGACAGUGUGUGCUGCACAAGGGCGACGAUGGCAUGUCAUGUCCGACAUCGUCUGUCUUUGUGUGCAGUCAAAAGAUGAUGAUGGCAUGCCAAGUCAACGUUGUCCGACUGUUUGUUCUGUUAAAAGGGGAAGAUGGAAUGCCAUGCCCGACGUCGUUCGACUAAACAACCUCUUCACUAAGGAGGGAGGAAAACUAGCGGCACCGACGAUCGAGGUGGAUUUCGAGAAAUGCAAUUGUUGUGUAUUGACGGAGGAAUGUACUCUGGCUUACAUAGAGACGAUCCGCGAGCGGUAUCAAGGAAAAUGGAUAUGCGGACUGUGUGCGGAAGCAGUGAAGGAUGAGAUGAUGCGAUGUGAGAGGUUGAUUAACGCGGAAGAAGCCUUAACUCGUCAUCUCAAUUUCUGUAAGAAGUUCAGUUCGUCCACUCCUCUUCCAGAUCCGACCAUUCACUUGAUCGCUGCAAUGAGGCAGCUUCUGAGAAGGAGCUUGGAAUCUCCUAAAUCGCUCAGGUCGAUGCCCUGUAGUACGACGAGGAACUACAUAUGGAGACCGUGUUCUUCAAUUUGGGGAAAAGAGUUUUAA